UGACACUCCAUCCACAGUUGUUGUUACACGCCAAGGACAGUGAACGUAUCCGUCUUUAGUCCGUACAUACGACUAUCGUGUAGAUAGGAUAUUAUUGUUUUUCAUUAUUGAUCUGGAUGUUGAUAAGUGGCUUAGUGUGUGAUUUCCUACUUGUGAGGAAGAACAUAUUCUUGGGAAUAUACACGAAAGCUGUUCUUUUCAUUCUUGACAGUUUUAAUAUUGGAAGUCAGCUAGGCGAUUACUUUGGUGAAGUGAAUUUUCAGCCCCAACGACACUUAUUCCUAAUUUACUGUUGGUUUCUAAAAUCUCCGAAGGAUAGCAUUAUUAAAACACGAUAAAAAUGUCAGUGGCUCGAGAACCCAAGAAGAAGAAAAUGGCUACUGCAACCAAAUCGAAGGAAUCCGCUGUGUUGAAGGACAGCAGCCUUGCCAUUCUCGCCAAGGAAAUCGGCCAGGAUGACUUGAAUGGACUUGUGUUAACUAUGUGCCUUAACGUUCCAAACACAGACAUUGUAAAUAUUGCAAACAGUGCAUCAGAGUGUGGACUCCUCAACGCCAACGAGUCACUGAGAUCAGAAACCACGCGCAAAUGUCUUCUACAUUGGAAGAGCAUGCGCUCUGGUGCAAAGGAGAGGGAAAAGGUAAAGGAGCUGGAUAGGGCAUUGAAGGAACUUGGGAAAGCAGAGAUUGCCGACAUCGUGUCAGAAAGACACGCUAACAACGCAGAGCUGACACCCGACGCUUUCUCAAACCUUGGUUAAUAGACUUCUGAACAUUUUCUAGCACCGACCGGUAACCAUUUAUAUUUUCAUCGAAGACACGUGAGCCCGAAGUCAUGUUAAGGAUAAAACUGUAUAUGCCAACUUCUUGUAAUAUGAAUCUCCAUAAAAGAGCUUUUCGUCGUAAAAGAUAGAAAUUCCUUUAUGAUAAAUUUGAAACUAGUUGUUUGCGAUGCAAGGUUCAGUUACAGAAAUCAGACUUUGACUGGCUAAUUGGGGAGAUCACCCUGCGACAAAAUCACACGUAUAUUUAUAAAAGUCACAGAUUUUUGGUGUGAAAUUUCAAAACGUUCAAGUGGAAAAUAGAAUGUGCGUUUGAUACUGCUUCAAGCCUUUGCCAGAAGAAAACUCGCGAUGACGAACAGAAAACGGGAAUAACAAUGACAUUGCAUUGAUAUGCAACUUAAACUGCCAAAAGAGCUACGUUUGUUCGGGCAAUCUUUAGGAUUAAUUUUAAUCCAGCACUCAAACGAGUGGCAAAUUUUAUCACAUUUAUACACAUUUUUUCAUAAUAAAACCUUUUAAAAUGUA